AUAUUGUUAGAGAAGUUAAGUGAAGUCUGAUGGAUCCUUUGAUUAAAAGAAGUUAUGGAGGAAUUUGUGUGGUAAAGCUUGCUGAAAAUCAAAGGAGUAUCAUGCUCAAUCUACCUCAGUUGCUCAAUGUCUCAUCUUCACCAUGGAAUGUCACCCUGGAGCCAAACCCAUGUUUAUGGCAAGGAGUCGCAUGCAGCAGCCCCCCAAACAACAGCUCCAUAAUCUUACUUUCUUUAUCUGGGUUCGGUCUCUCUAGCUCUGACUUUCUGAGUGAGGUGUGCAGGAUUGAUUCUUUGCUGUCUCUGAACCUGUCCAUCAACAAUUUGAAAAGUAUCUCAGAUGGGUUCUUCAAUGUUUGUGGACGGAUUGAUGGGUUGAAGGUGUUGGAUUUUAGCAGCAACAGGUUGGUUGGUCCCUUGCCUGCUUUUCGAAAUUUUAUCGGACUUGAAUUCUUGGAUUUGUCUUCUAAUUUUUUGAAUGGAGAGAUUAAACCACAGUUGAGCCAGUUGGUUUCACUCAAAAGUUUGAAUCUUUGUGCUAAUAAAUUCAUUGGGUCUCUUCCUACUCAGCUAGGGAAAUCUUUUCUUUUGGAACAACUUCAGCUGUCUAAGAAUUUGUUCCAUGGGGAAAUUCCUGUGAAAUUGCUGACACAUAAGAAUUUAACCCUCAUUGAUCUUAGUUUUAAUAAGCUUACUGGCUCCAUUCCUGAAGCCAUCGGUAACCUGUCCAAGUUGGAACUCUUGCUUCUGUCAUCCAAUGGAUUGAGUGGAAAAAUCCCCAAAUCCAUUUCAAGUAUCAGCACCCUGCAGCGGUUUGCAGCUAAUCAGAACAAUUUUGUUGGUGUAGUUCCUGUUGGGAUUGCAAGAUAUAUCAAAAUUUUAGACCUUAGCUAUAACAACUUAUCUGGGUUGAUUCCAUCUGACCUUUUGUCACAGUCAAGUUUGCAGCACGUGGAUUUGUCUUAUAAUUUGUUAGGUGGAACAAUACCUGAAAGAAUGUCUUCCAGCUUGGUAAGGCUGAGGUUGGGAAGCAACUCCCUCAACAGCUCAAUCCCUACAACACUCGCAACACUUCAGAACUUGGCUUACUUGGAGCUGGAAAACAAUAGCUUUUUUGGGUCCAUACCUCCGGAGCUGGGUGCCUGCGGGAAUUUGUUGCUAUUGAACUUGGCUCAGAAUAACAUAACUGGGACACUGCCAGCGGAACUGGGCAAUUUAACCAAGCUUCAAGUUAUGAAGCUUCAGCAAAACAAGUUGGGUGGGCAAAUCCCAGCUGAGAUUACACAGUUACAGAGUCUGGGAAUACUCAACAUCAGCUGGAAUAAUCUUACUGGUUCAAUUCCAUCUUCAAUUUCAAAUUUGAAAAGACUCACGAACAUGAACCUACAGGGCAACAAUCUUGUCGGUUCAAUCCCCGUCGCUAUUGGAGCCUUGAAUCUUCUGUUAGAACUCAACCUUGGAGGAAAUAAACUAAGUGGGAGUAUUCCUAGAAUGCCACCAAAUUUGCAGAUUGUUCUGAAUCUCAGCAGCAACCUCCUUCAAGGAUCUAUUUGGGACACUCUUUCUCAACUCACAAGCUUGGAAGUUCUGGAUCUCUCGAACAACAGAUUCUCAGGCCCGGUUCCUGAUUCCUUGUCUAGUUUGGCGUCACUAAGGGAGCUCAUACUUUCCAAUAAUCAUCUCUCUGGGGUUCUUCCUCGGUUCAACCGGUAUGUUUUCGUCAACAUAAGUGGAAAUCCAGAUCUAAUAAUAACUGAUGAAGCGCCGCCACCAAACACUUCCCUGGAAUCGGAGAAGAAGAAAGCAUCGGUGACAUGGACGAUUGUUGUUGGAGUUGAGGCCUACAUCUGCCUCCUCCUCGGCUUCUUGUGUACGUAUUUCCAUUUCCUCUUCCGAGAUAAAUAAAGGGGAACCAAGGAAGAAGCCAUAUCAUAACUUUUUCCACUUUUUCCUUAAGUAGGGAACAACGAAUUACAUAGCCGUAAAAUUUAGAAUAAGAAGCCGCCACUCACAUGUAUAGACGAAAGACCAUUGAUCUUUUGUAUGCUCAAAUAAUUAACAUACUUUUUU